GGAUUUUGUUUUUUAUUCCCCACCCCAAAUAUCUUCCCGCUACUAUGGAAAAACAGGAAAACCGUCGAAUGACGCGCUAGAAUGACAGUCACAGUGAUUGAGUGUCUCUGUGUCUGUUCUGUCCGAUGUUGACAGAAAAAAUGUGCUUGUUCACGCGCUAAACAAGCUGCUCAGUAGAUCGCGGCAGGUGCAGCUCUGGAUUACAGUAUAGAAGGAUCGCCUUGCACAGAUGGAUGAUGUGGAGCCCAUUGUGCCCCAGGGGCCAGCAGAGGGGAGGAGCCCAAACGGCCACUGCACCCUGUGCCCCAUCUCCAAACAGAACCCCAGUGAUUCCAAAGUGGUGGAAGACUUCAGGAGGAGGCUCAAGUACUUCUUUAUGAACCCCUGUGAAAAAUAUAGAGCCAGGGGCCGGAAACCAUGGAAACUGAUGUUACAGAUUCUGAAAAUUGCCAUCAUCACGUUCCAGUUAGUGUCUUUUGGAUUGAGUAACGAGAUGAUGGUGACCUUUAAAGAGGAAAACCUGAUGGUGUUUAAACACCUCUUCCUGAAAGAAUAUAAGGACCAACAUGUGGACAGAUACGCAGUGUACACCAAAACAGAUGUGUACGACCACAUCUAUUACAUCAUCGAUACGUUUAUAAACCUGCAGAACCUGACGGUAGGGAACCAUGCCUAUGAGAAGAUAGAGGGGGAGUACACCCCUCUGACCCUCUGUCAGGAGUUCUACAGGAAAGGCAGCAUCUCCCCUGGCAACGACACCUUUGACAUAGACCCACAUGUCGACAAAGAAUGUAUUUCCAUAUUUCCUCUGGAGCCAUUGGAGGAUAAAACUUUGUCAAGAGACAUGAACUUUUCUCUGGAUUUUAAAAGGCUGUUGUCAGUAAACAUCUACCUCACGUUGAAAGCCAUCAACCUGCAGACAGUGCGCCACCAUGAGCUCCCAGACUGUUAUGACUUUAGUAUAAUGAUAAUGUUUGACAACCGUGCACACAGUGGGAGGAUAAAGAUUAACUUAGAAAAUAAUGUUGGAAUCAAUGAAUGUAAAGACUGGAAUGUUGCAAGCACUUCUGGGAAGAACAACCACCUCCUCUUGCUGUUCGAUUCCCUCGUCAUCCUCGCCUGCUUUACCUCACUCAUCUUGUGCACACGCUCAGUCUGCAAUGGAUCUCAGCUCCAAUUUCAUUACACUGCAUUCUUCCACACCUACUUUGGUAAAACUGUGUCCUGGUCUGAGCGCAUGGAGUUUGUGAAUGGCUGGUAUAUUCUGAUCAUCGUCAGCGAUACACUCACCAUCGCUGGAUCCGCCCUCAAAAUAGGAAUACAGACUAAGGACCUUACAAACUAUGAUGUCUGCAGUAUUUUGCUUGGGACAUCCACAAUGCUUGUCUGGGUUGGAGUUAUCCGCUACCUGGGUUUCUUUAAGAAAUAUAACAUCCUAAUUCUGACCCUGAGGGCAGCGUUUCCAAAUGUGAUCCGCUUCUCCUGCUGCGUUGGCUUGAUCUACCUGGGCUACUGUUUCUGUGGCUGGAUCGUUCUGGGGCCGUAUCAUGAGAAGUUCCGGACCUUGGACAAGGUGACGGAGUGCCUGUUCUCUCUGAUCAACGGUGAUGACUUGUACUCCACGUUCCAGAAGAUGAGAGGGAAGAGAAACAUGGUGUGGCUGUUCAGCAGGCUCUACCUCUACUCCUUCAUCUUUCUCUUCAUUUACCUGGUGCUCAGUCUGUUCAUUGCCCUCAUCACAGACACAUACGAAACCAUCAAGCAACACCAGAAGGACAGAGUCCUGGUGUCCCAGCUGCAGGCCUUUAUGGCUGACUGUAGAGACCAGCCUGACUCUGGGAAGUACAAGAUAGACAAGGAACCCACCUGCUGCUGCUUUGGAUAGACCCUAUAAAGUAGCCGUGUGUGUGUGUGUGUGUGUGUGUGUGUGUGUGUGUGUGUGUGACAUAUCUUAGUAGGCAUUAAAGCUCUAUUCAUGUGUUGGGAAAUGUAUUUAGAAAAUUGUUUAGGGUUUCUAUAUGGUGAUCAAUAAGGAAUAUAUUACUUUUUAUAUUUGAUUGUAUAAUGUGUGAAGGUUAUGUAAUUAUGUAUGAACAAUUAAAUUGUGCUAUGGGUGGUAUUUUAA